CGUAACGACUUGGAACUUACCAUUUACAUAUACCACAUAUAUAUAUAUAUUAUAUGCGUCUUUCUUUUUCCCGUAACAGAACUUGUCUAGAGUUCAGCAGAAGAGUGCAAGCUAGAAAUUCGAAUUUAGUUCGUUUUCCUUCUCUUCGAAUUGCUCAAAGUGCAAAGUUUUCUACGAGAAGCGCACAAUUGGCCUCCAAACCUACAACUGCAAAAAUGUCGUCCAUCAAUGAAGCUACUGGAACUCCUUCCGUAGUUCCUCCUCGUAACCCUUAUGGAGCUAACCCGUCUGAUUUUCUUUCCCGUGUAAACAAUUUCUCCAUUAUCGAGUCCACUCUUCGUGAAGGUGAACAAUUCGCUAAUGCUUUCUUUGAUACCGAGAAAAAGAUUGAGAUUGCUAAAGCCUUGGACGAUUUUGGUGUUGACUACAUUGAAUUGACCUCUCCCGUUGCUUCUGAACAAUCUCGUCGUGAUUGUGAGGCUAUUUGCAAUUUGGGUCUUAAAAGCAAAGUUCUCACCCACAUCCGUUGUCACAUGGAUGAUGCCCGUGUUGCUGUCGAAACCGGUGUCGACGGUGUCGAUGUUGUCAUUGGUACUUCUCAAUACCUUCGUAAGUACUCUCAUGGUAAAGACAUGACCUAUAUUAUCAACAAUGCUACCGAGGUCAUCAACUACGUCAAGAGUAAGGGCAUCGAAAUCCGUUUUUCCUCUGAAGAUUCUUUCCGUUCUGACCUUGUCGACCUUCUUUCUCUUUACAAGGCCGUCGACAAGAUUGGUGUGAACCGUGUUGGUAUUGCCGACACUGUCGGUUGCGCUACUCCUCGUCAAGUUUACGACCUCGUUCGUACUCUUCGUGGUGUUGUCUCUUGUGACAUCGAAUGCCACUUCCACAACGAUACCGGUAUGGCCAUUGCUAACGCCUACUGUGCUUUGGAAGCUGGUGCUACCCACAUUGAUACCUCCGUCCUUGGUAUCGGCGAACGUAACGGUAUUACUCCUCUUGGCGCCCUUUUGGCUCGUAUGUAUGUCACCGACAGAGAUUAUGUUACUGGAAAGUAUAACUUGAAGAAACUUCGUGAUCUCGAAAACCUUAUCGCUGACGCCGUUGAGGUCCAAAUUCCUUUCAACAACUACAUCACCGGUAUGUCUGCUUUUACCCACAAGGCAGGUAUCCAUGCCAAGGCUAUCCUUGCCAACCCUUCUACAUAUGAAAUCCUUAGACCCGAAGAUUUUGGUAUGAGCCGUUACGUCCAUGUUGGUUCUCGUUUGACUGGUUGGAAUGCAGUUAAAUCUCGUGCCGAGCAACUUAACCUUCAUUUGACUGACGCUCAAGCUAAGGAGUGUACUAAUCACGUCAAGAAAUUAGCCGAUGUUCGUACUUUGGCUAUGGAUGAUGUCGACCGAGUUUUGCGUCAAUUCCACGCAGACUUGAAAUAAGUUUGUAACAUCUAGUCUAUCCUGAAUGUUCCUGUGGUGCUGAUAUCAGGAAUCAAUAGUUUUAUACAUAAUUGAUAGAGUUACACCGAAAUUUACUUUUUGGUCAUCCAAAGAUGGGUUUUAUCCAUAAAUUAUUGGGUUUCUACGCAAUGCAUUUUUAAGUUAUACUAAUGAAUGCCCGUUGUUUAAAAAGCCUAAAAAAUAAAAAUCCCUUUCAAUGGUUAAUGUUUUUUUCUUUUCAUAAGGUUUGGUGUCAUUACUUGUUUAAUAAUAUAUAUUUGCGUUUAUGUCUUUUUGAAAUAGUAGUUCUUCCGUG